CCUCUGACGUCCCCUAGAGAUAUUCUAACACUCCUCUAAUACUCGUUUAGUCUCACAGUAAACAGCAGCAUUUCCCAGAUUCCUCGCAGCUGCGAUCACCUUGGCGGUCGUAACAAACGAGUUUUCAGCCAUUGGAUGGCGAAAAAAUCAUGCGCUUUUUGAAUACAGCCACUGGACAGUUUGUUGAGGCGGAUCCCAAAGCCACACGGUAUGCGAUCCUGUCACACACUUGGAGUCGGAGAGGAGAGCAGACGUAUCACGAAUUGACACGAAUUCAAGAGCGAUACUCUGGUUCUAUCUCCCGUCCUUGCUCCCGCUCCUCGGCUUCGUCCCUGGCUUCGUCCCCGCCUGUGUCCUCCGCAUCGUCCUCCGCAUUGUCCUCAGCCGCCGCUCCCUCCUUCUCCUCCACAGCGCAACAAGACACUGUAUCGCCUACCGCGAGUCUGCAUCAUCCGCACCCUCUAUCUAGAUCCUUGUCGGCAUCUGCCACCUCCUUCGCUCGUCCUGAAUCGAUCUCGCCCCCGAGCGAGCGCACUGCACUGCUCGCUGAUCGCAUCAUCUUGAUGGAGGAGGGUAUCUCGGCGAACGGCCACAAUGCGACCUCUACCUCCGCGCCCCGUCGUCUGCGGGACUCCCUCAAGCGAGUCUGGCAAUUCCUUCUUCUCGCCUUUGCACGCGCCCUGCACUUCUGUAUUCACCUGGCGGGCCACUGGCCUGGUGCCAAGGCGUCACUCCUGACAGAGCCGGAGCCCACUUCUUUCCCGGAUCCUCUUGUCGAAUCCGCACGAACGCUAUCCCUUCAUCGAUCUCAACUAGACGACCCUCCAGCCCCUCGAGGCUCCGUCUGGGAUGAUCCCGACCUCUCACAGAAGGUCCGAGAGGCGUGCAGAGUAGCACGCGAGGCCGGAUACAGAUACCUCUGGAUCGACUCAUGCUGUAUCGACAAAACGAGCAGCUCCGAGCUCUCCGAAUCGAUCAACUCGAUGUAUCUCUGGUAUGGUAUUGCGGACGAAUGCUAUGCCUACCUCGCCGAUGUCCCUCCGGGCAAGGACCCUCACUCACCAGGGUCCGAAUUUCGUUCGAGCCGAUGGUUCACGCGCGGAUGGACGCUCCAGGAGCUGAUCGCGCCCCCGAGAAUGAAGUUCCUGUCGAACAACUGGGAGGUCAUCGGGACCAAGCUCACGCUUGUCGAUAUCGUCGAGGAGGUCACGACUGUCCCUCGGGAAGCUCUGCUCCAAUUGGAGCCACUUGAAGAGUUCAGCGUUGCCCAGCGACUCUCGUGGGCGGCGAAACGAGAAACAACGCGAGUGGAGGAUCAGGCGUAUUCGCUGCUCGGUAUAUUCGACAUCAACAUACCGACGCUGUACGGUGAGGGCGAGCGCGCCUUUCGCCGGCUGCAGGAGGAGAUCCUGCGACGAGUGCCUGACCAGAGUCUUUUCGCGUUCAAAGACGUCUAUAUGGAGAUUGGUGUGGGCCACGACCUCGCACAGUGUCCGCCGUUUGGUGCUGGUGCCAGCGCUGUUUCUGGGACGUAUGGCAACACCUCAGAGAGGUCUCUCUUUGCCUCGCGCCUUGAUAUACUAGUCAAUGGUGGCGAGAUCAGGGCCGUGUCUCACGGCGAUGUCAUCCGCCGUCUCCGGCUCCCCUAUCCUCCUGCCGCUCAAUACACCUCUACCCCCCACGGCAUUCACACACAGCUCCCGGUUAUACCAUUUGCUCACACUCUCCCUCCGGGCGCGGUUUGGUACCCCACUGCGAUCCCGCAAUCCCAGUGGUAUCUGGUUAUCCUCGGGUGUGAGCACAUUCAGCACCCUGGUUCUCUUCUCGGGCGUGUCUGCUACAUCCCUCCCUCCGAGUCCGAUGUUGAAUACCUGUACUGUGGAUGUGUGCGCAUCAACCCGAUGGGCCCGGAGGAAAUCUAUUACACGUAUGCCCAUCUCUUCCCGCUGUCGCUGGCAACCAUCGAGCGUUGCCGAGAGCACAUGACGCUCAAGACAGUCUAUAUCUCCCACCCGGAGCGUGCCAGCACACAGUCGGACUUCGCUCGCCGUCAGCCACACGCGACAAUCAAUCUAUCCCUGCAGAGGAUGACUCGCGACACCCUACACACGCAAGGGUAUGCGGUUGAACUCCGGAGUCCCGAUGAGGACCACCCGACCCUUCACCGGCUCACGCUUUCCAGCGACGCCCAAACGAUCGUUAUCAAGUACGAGCACGUCCUGGAGGACGACGGAUGGUGGAUGAUGAUCAAGGCGCGUGCAACGAUAUCGCGGCCCACUCCUGACUCGGACAACGAGAUCACGGCUGAAGCUGAGUUCACCGAUUGGCGGGAUUGUGCGCGGUGGCAGCCGUCUCUCGGUACAAGGACAGCUACCUCCACCCUCGCUGCCGUGACGGUCAAGGUCAUGCUCGGCCUGGACUGGGCAGCGCCCUCUCACUACUUCUUGCGCAUCAAUGUCGUCACCGAGAUGCUGCCGAUUACACCUUCUGCAUCGCUUGAGACCGCGCAAGGGAGAGAGCAUCGGGUUUCAGGAGCGAGUGGCCAAGCCGACAAGCAGGACAUUGGGACCAAGGCUGGAACCAGCGAAGGCGUCGUCCUCUGGACUGACGAUGACGCCCUUCCUGGCAUGCAGGACUCGGAUACGGCUAGGGGGGUUGGAGAGGAGCGGGGAAUGAGCACGGAGCGGGGCGAUGAGGCUGAUGGGUAGGAAGGGGGCGAUGUAAUGGGCUGACUGACGCUUUACGGAAGGCAUGUAUGGCCUCUUGCCUCGCAAUGUGCAUCAUAUGUCACUGCUUGUAUUCGUAACAUUGAUGAGUACCGUGCUCUGCAGAGAUGGACCGUAUCAUAUUGCGCACCAUAUGAACUAUACAACUCGAGUU